GUCACGUGCUGCACUUUAGCGAGGCUCCGCACCGCACCAACAAUUGUGUCAGCGUUUCGCGAACAGCCUCGCCGCAGCGACCGAAGAAACGACUCAACCACCCAACGCCAACCGACAACAUCUCGUUGCGCAUCUCCGACGUUCAAGAUGCGUACCUACGACGAUUCUUUCAGCGGUCAGAAGAUCUACCCUGGAAAGGGUAAGCUGUACGUCCGUGGCGACAGCAAGAUCUUCCGCUUCCAGAAUGGAAAAUCCGAGUCCCUUUUCCUCCAGCGCAAGAACCCCCGCCGCAUCUCCUGGACUGUCCUCUACCGUCGCCAGCACAAGAAGGGUAUCUCUGAAGAAGUCGCUAAGAAGCGUACCCGCCGUGUCGUCAAGUCCCAGCGUGCUAUCGUCGGUGCUUCCCUCGAAGUGAUCAAGGAGCGCCGCAACCAGCGCCCCGAGGCCCGUGCCGCUGCUCGCCAGCAGGCCAUCAAGGACGCCAAGGAGAAGAAGGCCGCUUCCGAGAAGGCCAAGAAGGCCAACAACGCCGCCGGCAAGGGCACUGCCCAGCGCAUCCAGAGCAAGCAGGGUGCUAAGGGCUCCGCCCCCAAGGUCGCCGCCAAGUCUCGUUAAGCGGAUUGGAAGCGGUUUGGCUUGGGCUGGGGAGUAGGAAGGAAUUUGGGAGCUGGAAUUUGUGUUUUCCUUCACAAAAUUAUAUGCAAUAAAUCGGCGUAUGUGCGGACGAGAUUCCCGUACGGCUCUCAGAUAACCUCUUAUGAUUGUGCGCCAUGGUAUUUACCAGGAAAUGGAAAAAUGGAUGUGACAUGAUCGCCUUUUUUGUCGCUCUGGGCCUGUAGAUUCCUGUACGGGUUUUUUAGUUUACGAAGUGACAUAAUGUC